UAUGCUUCAAUUAUUGUGAGAGUCAUGCAAUAUAUUUAACAACUUGAUCUCUCUCGUUACAUUCCUGGGGGAGAGGCUCUCAAAACGCCUUGUAACUAGAAUAAGCCAGAUAAAGUGAAACUAUGGGAAUUGGGCAAAUUAAGAUGCGUAUCAUAUUGUUUCCAGUUCACCGGAAGGAUGGCACGCGAACAAAGAUUCAACAUGUUCUGCACCUUUUUCAGAUCCAAGUUACAUGUACUUCAUUCUAAACUAGCUUCUGAUAUGCAUUGUCGUAACUUCAUCAAAGAAAUGCUUGACACUACAAUCUCCAUUUUUCUACUGACUGUCAGAUACGAGUGUGGCGAUGAACUCUAUUAAGAAAUGAGGAGAUACUUCAGAAUCCUAAUUGAUGCCAUCGAUCAUCUAGUUACUCAUGACUCUGUUGAACAAGUCACAGAAAUCCUCACUUCAGAGGACUUCCACAAAAUUAUAUUCUAUCUCAAACUGCUCAACCUGAUGCGGAACAUAAAACAACGCAAGAAAUUCUUAGAACAUUACCCUCAUGCUGCUAUCAAAGCCAUCCAACAAAGUUAUCUCUACAAUGUCAUCAUAAAUGGUCCAGUCAAACAUAUCAAGUAUCGUUUUGCUGUUGCCAACCAAGAUUAUAACAAAUAUGGAUUGCAAUUCAACAUUCCAAGUAGCAACAAACUUGUUAGCAAAUAAAGAGUAGCAGAAAUCUGUUGGCAAACCUUGUAUGAUCUCAACAUUGCUGCUGUUAUCAAGGAGGGAAUAUGGGAUGAUUUAAAAUUGUAUUUAUGAUAU